ACGACUUGCCACUUGAAUUUUAUUUUCUCCCCGCGGCUCUUCUCAGUGAUUUACUAUUACUUCCUCCUCUGAAAAUUAGUUGCUCCCCCCUGCCGAUGUGCUAUCGUACGUAGAUUGGUAAUAUCUUAGUACAACUGUAGACCACCUGGCUGCGCGAUUAUUUUUCUUCGAAAUACCCUACUUCUAGCUACCUCCCUUGUUUGUUUCUGCUUUAUUUUUGAGCAUGACUAGCACUAGACAUAGCUCCUCAAUCGCAUUCCAGCCUCGUGCGGUUUCGUUUCUGGGGCUCAUUUGCUUUUCGUUGUUCGCCGAUGAAAUUUUUCGCCGAGGCGCUUUCUUGUCUGGGCAACGGCUUUGUCUGGGUGCGUUGGGUCUUCAGUUGUACAAGCCCGUUCGGCGCCGAGGAGAUGCUGCAACUUCGGGCGGGAAGUUGGUGGAAAGAGCAGAGCCUCCGCAGCACGGGUCAAAACCGAGAUCAAUAGGGAACUACGGCGUAGCUGUUACAGAGGACAGACCAGCCGGUGGGACGGAACAAACUAGCAACAGAAUAGUACGAGGGGGCGAGCAAGAAAGUGGUGAAAACGUUGUCGCACCUUGGCCCGCCAAAAGGAAGCUGAUUGGUAUAAAAACUACUCUUCGAUCUCGAGUAGUCCGAGCGACGUCUUACCUGUCCCCGCACGAGGACCACGGAGCCAGCGGAACUACGCCGAGCGAUGUUGAAUCCAAAUUGCCAUAUGCUAGGACACGCAACACUAGCAAGGAUCAGGAAGCAACAAAGAUAAUAAACAGAGGUUCCCGAGGUAUCUUUAUCGCUCAGGCUGAAGGUGGAAAAGGAACGGCAGGAGCGUCCUCAGCAUCUGCUUCUGUAUCAAGAGAAGAUAUUAAUCGUCCUGUCGCUGCGGCAGACGAAUAUCCCCAUCCAGAUCCGCGUCGAUCACAAGAUAAUUUAUCGGAGAACACCAGCGCCAGUCAGACAGUUGAGAACCCGAAAGGGACGCUCGAUGGCGUUGAAGGGACGACGACCGCUGGCCUCCCAAUCUCUGGAGGGACAGAUGAAGGGACAUUCGUGCAGCAGAGUCACACAACAAAACCACAGGCAGGAUCGCGCGGCGCUGCAAUAUUACCAGCCUCAGCAGCACAGCUUCCAUCUGCGGGAGGUCACGCUGCCCGCGGCACUUCAGACAACGUAGAAAAGAACGACGUGACACCUUUUGGUCCUGGUGAAGAUGUCCUUAAGUCGGAAGCAGCACACAACAAGCCGAAAAAUUGGAAGGAGCAUGAGCACAAGGCUACUCGCACUAGUUUGGUGCAGCAGACGGCAGCACAGUUUUCAACGCCUGGAGUUGUUUCAGGAACACUGCCAUCGUCGCAAGUAGGGGCGAGUAUUAGUAGUGGCAAGACCGUUCAGGUGGAGCAGUAUAAGAACGCAAGAACGGGCACUGCGACCACGAACAACAGUGGUUCACCGAAAGAUAUUCCUCGGCAACAAGGCUGGUAUGAAUCUUGGUGGGGCAUAUCGCUGCUGGUACUAGGCGGGGUGAUUCUUCUUGGAACCUGUGUCCACGCCAUGAGGCACACACUUUCUGCGGCUCGGAGCUCGGAGUAUGGGAGCGGCGCGAUCGUAGUGAGCGAAUCCUCCUCUGCGUUUGCCGGGAUGGACAGCAACUACCUAGAAGUGGUUGACACGACGUCGGUUCCAGGAGGUCAGUCUGGGAACGACGACAGCCAACGGGGGCGACCGCGGACCUCGUCCAAAAAACGGAGCGUGAAGAGGAAGAGCGGUAGGAAGCUUUCGAAGGGCAGCGCGAUGAUCAUCCCUCGGGGACAAAGUUCACUUACGAGGGAGCAGACAUCCAGAAAUAUGACAGCAGACACACCGCAGAUGGUGCUAUCUGGUAGCCGCGGACCGACAGCAUCAACACUGUCCUCGACUCCUGGUGGCUCUUUGGCAUUAGAUGGACCCGGAAAUAGAUUUACGAGUAAUCGCGAAAGUAACAUAGUCGAAAGUGCGGUGCUGGUCGACAAGCCAUGGGCAACGGCGCAAUCAGCUGUGCCGGCACUAAAGUUCAAAGCCAGGUUGAAGGGGACAGGCGCCGGCUCUUACGGAACUGAGACUUCAUCUCCGACAUUCGCGAAUAAACCAGCACGGAGACGAGGCGCUGGAGAAAGCUCGGAUGGUGUGGUUGCGGUCUCUGAUGCUGAUACAAGUGGUUCGAGAACUACCGAUGAGGACGAGCAAACACCGAGACAAACUCCCAGGGAGGACCUGACAGGAAACAAAGGUGCGUCGUCUCCUCCAGCAGCAUUGACGCCGGCGCGGACAGUUGAUGCGCAAGUGUCGAUCAGUCACCAGUCGGCGGGUGCAGCUCCGGCUUUCAAAAGCGAUAUCAUGCAAACGAGAGGAAGGCAGCCUUUGCAAGGUACCGGCGUCGUACCCAAUUUUCUCUUGCGGCAACAAGGUUCUGGAUCUUCCAGGGGUCGAUCAAGCUUGCAGAACAGAAAAAUGCGGCGGACUGCAUCACGGGAGUUACUGCGCACGAGCGGCAUGGAUAGAAUUAGCGCAGCAAGGAACGCGUCUUCGGGCCGUGACGGUGUGCCUGCGUUGGUUCCACGUGUGCGCGGGCCGAAGAAUCUAGCGCGAACAGGGACUCAGGUGACAACCGCAACAGCCUUGAGCGUGAUUGCACAGGAAUCCGCUCCGCAGCAGGAGCAGGAGCCGGCGGGUAUUAACCAGGCUUCAUAGAAUCGGGAGCCUACAACGCGCAAGCACUCGAAGGGGGAGGCUCCAGAUCUGGACCUGGGGUAACCAAGACCCGUCCAAUAAUGUCGAGGAAACAGAUACAGGACAAUGAGCUUUGCGAACAUGAAUAAAUUUACUUAUUUCACUCGUAGGCGCUGCUGUACGAGUACGCAUAAUAAAGCAGUUGUGAUCGAUCCCGGGUCAAGUAAUACCCUAUGAAAGCG